UAUGAACUGGACUUAGAACUGGUUGUUUCCAAGAGUGAACUGGUUCAACAGGGAGGAGGAGCAUGAGAUCGGUGAAGUGUCAGACUCCAUUUUCACUUGGAUGAGCAGGAGGAAGAAAAGUGAGCAGUCUAAAGAUGAGUGGUUAUGAGGAGGAAGAGGAGGACAGAGCAGAGUCUCCAGGGUUCAGCUGUGUGUCUCUGAAGAGUGACAAGUCCAUGAAUCAGCCUCUAACCUUCAGGAAUGAACCUGGACCCUCAACCACAAAAGGUCAGGACCACAGACUGAGAGCAGAGUCUCCAGGGUCCAGCUGUCUGUCUCUGAAGAGUGACAUGUCCAAAGGACUUCCUCCAGAGUUCAGUAAUGAACCUGGACCCUCCCCCACAGAGGAGAGGAAGAGGAGUCAUGUUUCUGAGGAGGAGCAUUCGUCCUGCUGUGCUUCUUGUCAGGACGUCCUGAAGGAUCCAGUCUCCCACAGCUGUGGACACUGGUUCUGCAGACAAUGCAUCACCUCAUACUGGGACAAGUCCGGUUCUUCAGGAGACUCCUCCUGUCCCCAGUGUGGACAAAUAUCCAGAACAGGAGCUAGAGAAGAUCGUGGUCUGCAGGAGGUUUUAGAUGAACAUAAGCUCAGUGUGCGGAGGAGAUGUGAACAUGUGACUGAAGGAGCUGAUGAAGCAGGAAGUAGAACCCUCCUCAACAGGAUCUACACUGAGCUCUUCAUUACAGAGGGACAGAGUGAAGAGGUUAAUACUCAACAUGAGGUGAGGCAGCUUGAGACGGCUUCCAAGAAGAAGAUCCUCCAGGACACUCCCAUCAAGGUCCACGACAUCUUUAAAGUCUCCACUGACCAGCAGAGCAGCAUCAGAGUCGUCCUGACCAACGGCGUCGCUGGCGUUGGAAAAACCUUCUCGGUGCAGAAGUUCACUCUGGACUGGGCAGAGGGUUUAGAGAACCAGGAUGUGGGUCUGCUGGCUGUGCUUUCGUUCAGGGAGCUGAACCUGGUGAAGGACCAGCAGCACAGUCUUCUCACUCUGCUCCAUGUUUUCCAUCCAGCGUUACAGAAGCUCACUGCAGAGACGCUCGCUGUCUGUAAACCUUUGUUCAUCUUUGACGGCCUGGAUGAAAGCAGACCUUCUUUGGACUUCAACCACAGGGAGCUUGUGUCUGAGGUCACACAGAGGUCAUCAGUCAACGUGCUGCUGACAAACCUCAUCCGGGGGAAUCUGCUUCCCUCGGCUCUCGUCUGGAUAACCUCCAGACCUGCGGCGGCCAAUCAGAUCCCUCCUACAUGUGUUGACAGGGUCACAGAAGUAAGAGGCUUCACUGACGCCCAGAAGGAGGAGUACUUCAGUUGGAGAUUCAGUGAUGAAGAGCUGUGCAGCAGAAUCAUCUCACACAUCAAGACGUCCAGGAGCCUCCACAUCAUGUGUCAAAUCCCAGUCUUCUGCUGGAUCAGUGCUACAGUUCUGGAGCACAUGUUGACCACAGACCAGAGAGGAGAGCUGCCCAAGACCCUGACUGACCUGUACUCACACUUCCUGAUGGUUCAAACAAAGAGGAAGAACAACAAGUACGGUGAGGGACAUGAGACGACUCCACAGCAGCUGACGGAGGCUGACAGGGACGUUCUACUGAAGCUGGGGAGGCUGGCACUUAAACAUCUGGAGGAAGGAAACAUCAUGUUCUACCAAGAAGACCUGGAGCUGUGUGGUCUUAAUGUCACAGAGGCCUCAGUGUACUCAGGAGUUUGUACUGAGAUCUUCAGAAGAGAGAGUGUGAUCUUCCAGAAAUCAAUCUACUGCUUUGUUCAUCUGAGCGUUCAGGAGUUUCUGGCUGCAGUCUACAUGUUCCACUGUUACACCGAGAGGAACACAGAAGAACUCAACAACUUCUUUGGAACAUAUGGGAACACAGACAGUACCUUCUCCCUGGAUGACCUCCUGAAGAGAACCAUGGAGAAAUCCCUCACCAGUACAAAUGGUCAUCUGGACCUGUUUGUUCGCUUCUUUCACGGCCUCAGUCUGGAGACCAACAGGAGAGUCUUAGGAGGCCUGCUGGGUCGGACAGGGAACAAUCCAAAUAUCAUCCAGAGAGUCUUAGGAGGCCUGCUUGGUCGGACAGAGAACAAUCCAGAGAUCAACCAGAGAAUCAUCAGCAACCUGAAGAAGAUGCAGAGUGGUGACAUUUCUCCUGACAGAAGCAUCAAUAUCUUCCACUGUCUGACUGAGAUGAACGACAACUCAGUUCAUCAGCAGAUGAAACAGUUCCUGACGUCAGAGAACAGAUCAGAGGAGGAACUCUCUGAGAUCCACUGCUCAGCUCUGGCCUACAUGCUGCAGAUGUCAGAUGAGGUUCUGGAUGAGUUGGACCUGGAGAAGUUCAACACAUCAGAUCAGGGUCGAUGGAGACUGAUCCCAGCUGUGAGGAACUGCAGGAAGGCUCGACUCGGUGGUUGUGACCUUUCAGAGACUCACUGUGAAGUCGUUGCCUCAGCUCUGAAGUCAGACCCCUCACAUCUGAAAGAACUUGAUCUGACUAACAACAACCUGAAGGAUCCAGGAGUGAAGCUGCUGUGUUCUGGACUGGAGAGUCCAAACUGUCGACUGGAGACUCUGAGGUUUUUGAGCUGCAGUCUGUCAGAGAUCAGCUGUUCUUCUCUGGCUUCAGCUCUGAGGUCAAACCCCUCUCAUCUGAGAGAACUGGAUCUGAGUAACAACAACCUGCAGGACUCAGGAGUUAAGGUGCUGUGUGGUUUUCUACAGAGUCCAACCUGUCGACUGGAGACUCUGAGGUUGGGGGACUGCAGUAUGUCAGAGAUCAGCUGUUCCUCUCUGGCCUCAGCUCUGAGGUCAAACCCCUCUCAUCUGAGAGAACUUGAUCUUAGACUAAACGACCUGCAGGACUCAGGAGUGAAUGAGCUGUGUGGUUUUCUACAGAGUUCAGCUUGUCGACUAGAGAUUCUGAGGUUUUGGGGCUGCAGUCUGUCAGAGAUCAGCUGUUCUUCUCUGGCUUCAGCUAUGAGGUCAAACCCCUCUCAUCUGAGAGAACUGGAUCUGAGUAGAAACCACAACCUGCAGGACUCAGCAGUGAAGGAGCUGUUUGGUUUUCUACAGAGUCCAACCUGUCGACUGGAGACUCUGAGGUUGAAGAGCUGCUGUCUGUCAGAGAUCAGCUGUUCUUCUCUGGCUUCAGCUCUGAGGUCAAACCCCUCUAAUCUGGGAGAACUGGAUCUGAGUGGUAACAACGACCUGCAGGACUCAGGAGUGAAGGAGCUGUGUGGUUUUUUACAAAGUCCAACCUGUAGACUGGAGACUCUGAAGUUGGAGGGCUGCAUUCUUUCAAAGAUCAGCUGUUCUUCUCUGGCUUCAGCUCUGAUGUCAAACCCCUCUCAUCUGAGAAAACUGGAUCUGAGUAGAAACCACAACCUGCAGGACUCAGGAGUGAAGGAGCUGUGUGGUUUUCUACAGAGUCCAACCUGUCGACUGGAGACUCUCAGGUUGGAGGGCUGCAGACUGUCAGAGAUCAGCUGUUCUUCUCUGGCUUCAGCUCUGAGGUCAAACCCCUCUCACCUGAGAGAACUGGAUCUGAGUCACAACGACCUGCCACACUUAGUAGUGAAGGAGCUGUGUGAUUUUCUACAGACUCAAACCUGUCCACUGGAGACUCUGAGGUUGGAUCACUGCAGUCUGUCAGAGAUCAGCUGUUCUUAUCUGGCUUCAGCUCUGAGGUCAAGCCCCUCUCAUCUGAAAAAACUGGAUCUGAGUUACAACUACAAGCUGCAGGACUCAGGAGUGAAGGAGCUGUGUGGUUUUCUACAGAGUCCAACCUGUCGACUGGAGACUCUGAGGUUGAAGAACUGCUGUCUGUCAGAGAUCAGCUGUUCUUCUCUGGCUUCAGCUCUGAGGUCAAACCCCUCUCAUCUGAGAGAACUGGAUCUGAGUAACAACUACCAGCAGGACUCAGGAGUGAAGGAGCUGCUUUAUCUAAAGCAGAGUAUAGGCUAUCGACUGGAGACUCUGAGGUGGUGAUCUUUGUGGUGAGUGUGAAGAGGACAGUGUGUCCUGAGGAUCCAGAGGCUGAAGCAGCAGCAGCUUAUGUGUAGAGCGGCUCUGACUGGGCCUUGUUGCUGGGAGGCAGAGUGGAGACAGAGCUCCAGAGGAAUCAGAGGAGGUGAGCUGCUCUGAGAUAAGCUGUCACACAGUGUCCAGUCCACCAUCCUCCCUGUGUGUUCCUGUGGAUGUGACACAGCAUCAUCAGUGGAUCUGCUGCUGCUCUGUCCUUUGACUCAGUGUCUGCAGACUCACUCACCCUCCUCCACCUCCUCCACUCUUUUAUUCACUCACAUAAUCUGAACACAAACACACUCAGCAGAUUAUUUCUGUUCACGACGACAUAACUGCACAUCAACACUUUUCUAAAUCUGUUUUGAGUGAAUUUUCAGCAUCUUUUUCGAUCUCUUUUCUCCGUUCACGAUCUUUACUGCUUGUCCUCUUGAGGGCAGCAGGGGGAGCUGAAGCCGAUCCCAGCUGACAUUGGAUUGGAGUUGUCGUGCGCCUUGGACGGGUCACCAGUCCGUCACAGGGGCAACAAACAACCAUUCACAUUCACAUUAACACCUACACUCGAUGUAAAGUCUCCAAUUUACCCAACCCCUAAUCUGCAUGUUUAUGAGAUGAAGCUGGAGCACAUGGAGAAAACACGGAGAGAAUAUGCAGACUCCACACAGGAAGACCCCAUCUGAACCGGGAUUCAAACCGGCAACCUUCUGGAUGUGAGGUGACAGUGCCAACCACCUCGCAGCCCCAAAGUCUUGCCCCUCGCUACCGAUUGUUUUUAUUCAUAUAAAGAAUGUGUUUAUUGAAAUGAUACAAAACCAACAAAAUAUAUAAACCCUCUGUAAAGAGUCACAUAUAGUGAAUUUUUAUAUCCAUGUUUGUAUAACCACCUUUUUGUGUAUAUGUUUGUUUAUGAUCUUAAAUUUCCUGGAUUCACGUCACAAAUGGAUUUAGUUCCACACAGAGUUAAACACAUUUAAAUCCCUUUGACCUUAAAAUCAUAGUUUGUCUUUCACUCAAAAGAUAAAAGUCUGGGCUUAAAAAUGGGACGUUUUCAUGACGUUUUCAUUGACCCACAGGUGGCGCUGCAGUAUAACAGCAGCACAUCCCAGUGAAAGCCUUUAUAUUCAGUCUAUGAGUCAAACACAUGGAUCAUUUCCUCUGUGAAUAAACAGAUGUAACGAGAAGAAAAACAUCUCAGAGAGAAAAGUUCUGUUUCUACUUGUUUCUGCUUUAAUGCUCAAUAAACAUCCUUCCACCGAC